GUUAUAUGUACAAAGUAUUAGUUCUUACACAUACAUUUUGAGAAUAAUUGAUCUCAUAAUUGUUCUACCACAUCUAACUUUUCAAUAAAAAAAAAUCUCUUAUUAAUUACUAAGACGAGAUAUUUUAAUAGUUAGGAAGAGUAAUUAAAGCCCUACCCAUAACGUACACAAUAUACAUAUAGGUCCGGACGUCCCGUAGUACACCUAAAUAUAUAAUAGACAUGUUUGAAAACAACAUAAAAGGGAUAAGAGUUUACCAAGCUAACACUAUAUAAAGUUCCAACCUUUCAUACUUUUCCACAAACUACUUUCAAAAACAAAGAAAAAACCCGAUCAAAAUCCAACAAUCACAUUGACAAAAUCUUUAGCAGCCACCAAAAAAAAAACAGAAGCUGAUCUUUUAGAAUCAAUCACAUAAUUAUAUCAUAAAAUGAGUGAUCAUUUUAAGGACAUGCAUAAAUUAUUUGGGCAACCACCUUCACAACAACAACAACAAAGGCCAUCACCCGGGGCUCUAGGAGCGAGCCCCGGCGGCUUAACAAACCUCUUCUCCGAUCCUUUCCCGGAGAGCGAGUUUCGGUCUUUUUCUGACCUCCUAGCAGGAGCCAUCGCUACCCAGCUGCCCGCCUCGGGGGAGCUGAACUGGGGUAGCGAUAACAAAGGACAGAAUGAUCAAAAUGGCGGCGGUGGUGGUGAUGGAAAUUCAGGUUUUAAGCAAAAUAGGCCAGUCGGCUUGGUUUUGCCACCGGUUGCGCCGGUGUUUAACAUUUCUCCGGGGUUUAGCCCCUCCGCUUUCCUCAACUCACCUACAUUUUUGAGUCCAUUAGGUAUGUCUCCACAACAAACCUUAGCACACAUAACAGCUCAAGCUCAUCUCAACAAUCAACCAGACACAAAUCAACAUUCAUCCAUCAACUCAUUGAUGUCGAGUUACCAACCUUCACUCUUCAAUUCAUGCACAGCCUCUCGGCAUCCAGCAGUACCGGACCAUCCGAACCACGAAAGGAGACCUCAUACUAACUUCCCAGUAGCAGUUGAUAAACCAGCUGAUGAUGGAUACAAUUGGAGAAAGUAUGGACAAAAACAAGUUAAAGGAAGUGAAUACCCAAGAAGUUAUUAUAGGUGUACUACUCCUAACUGUCCUGUUAAGAAGAAGGUGGAACGUUCAUUCGACGGCCAUAUAACUGAGAUUAUAUACAAAGGUCAGCACAACCACGAGCGGCCUCAAACAGGCAGAAGGGGUAAGGAUAGUGGGUUGUUGCAGCUUGCUGCUGGUAGUGGUGGUUCGGAGGGGCAGUUUGGUAAUUCCGUGUGGCCGGGUGGUGUUGGAAGAGAGUAUGAUUCUGCUCAAGCAACAUCUAUUCAAUUACAUGGACCUAGUGAUAGUGAAGAAUCUGGUGAAAAUUCUGAUCUUAUUAAGGAUGAUGAUUAUAAUGAUGAGCCUAAAGCUAAGAGAAGGAAUGGCGGAGCAGGGCAAUCCGAUGGUUCCUUCACACGCACGACGAUGACUGAACCGAAAAUUGUUGUGCAAACAAGAAGUGAUGUUGAUCUUUUGGAUGAUGGCUAUAGAUGGCGCAAGUAUGGUCAAAAAGUUGUCAAAGGCAACCCUAAUCCAAGGAGCUACUACAAAUGUACAACAAUGGGGUGCAAAGUCCGCAAACAUGUAGAGAGGGCAUCAACAGACUAUAGUGCAGUAAUAACAACCUACGAGGGCAAGCACAACCACGACGUUCCUGCUACAAGAGGUAGCAACAACACUGCUUCUAACAUUGAUACAACACAAAUGAAGAUACAAAAUUCUGUAGGUCAAGUGAAUUUCGGUAACAACAAUGAUCAAAGACCAAUAACCCUACGCCUAAAAGAAGAACAACUCGUAAUUUCUUGAAAUCAAUCAGCUUAGUAACAAGUGCAUUUGAUAAGUUGAUCCUUUUUUUUUCUUCAUAUACUUUGAUGGGUUUGUUCGUUUGUUUCUUGGCAUGCUAACCUGAACCAAAACUGUAUAUAGCGCGAGCUGAGGUAAAUAACUACGGGUGUAACAAUUGUGAUAACAUGGAGGAUUAUUGAAGGAUUGUAAUUUUGUUUUAAGAGGGGAGAUGACAACUGCAAGCUAAGUGUUGUAAGUUUUGCAGAAUCUCUAGCCUAGUUUAUUAUGUAUAACCAUAUAUAUUUUCAAUCCUCCAUUUUUGUGUGUAAAUGAAAUUGGCUGGGAGAUUUGUAUUUGAGAUACUUAAUUGUAUGGGUUAUACAUGGUGUUGAA